GAGGGAAAAAACAAGCAAAAGAUCAAAUUACAGAAAAAAGGGGGGAUAACGAAAUCUCAUCUAGUGAUAAGAAUGAGGUUUCUUGUUUGGAUAUUCUUAGAAGCAAUCGGCAUAUCCUCCAAAACCAAAGCAAUUAUCAAACUCACCUUAUCUAUCACCUCAAAAUCAAAUGAUUUGUUUCAGGCAACCAAUGGCCACAGAAUUGAACAGAUCGGCCGCCCAUACUUACUGCCGUAGCAUCGCCGUCCUCCUCCUUCUCUGGCGAAACAUUCUCAUCGUCCGGCCAGAAGAUAUAGCAGUCGAUGAUGGCGUCACUUCACGGAAAACGCCGCGGGAUAGUUCUCUACGAGUAGCAGGUGAUGGGGAGGGUUCAUCAUUCAAGGUGGCUCUAUUCGCCGAUCUGCAUUUCGGAGAGAAUGCGUGGACGGAUUGGGGACCACAACAAGAUCUUAACUCCGUUAACGUCAUGUCCACCGUUCUCGAUGUUGAAAGGCCAGAUUUCGUUAUUUAUCUUGGAGAUGUGAUCACAGCAAACAACUUGCCUAUUCAUAAUGCUAGCUUCUACUGGGAUCAAGCAAUAUCUCCAACACGAGCCAGGAACAUACCAUGGGCUAGUUUGUUCGGCAACCAUGACGAUGCCCCGUUCGAGUGGCCUAUCGACUGGUUUUCAUCUUCCGGGAUACCUCACAUUCUCUGCCCUCGGGUAAAUUCCUCGGGGGGAGAUGAGUGUAGCUUCAAAGGGACAACGCGUCUGGAGCUGAUGAGAAACGAGAUAAUGCAUAGUUUGUUGUCGUACACGGGAUUUGGUCCUCGAAAUCUAUGGCCAAGUGUAUCUAAUUAUGUUCUUACACUUGUAUCCCCGAAAAGGGAUCCCAAAUCGCCGUUAAUGUUCAUGUACUUCUUGGAUUCUGGUGGCGGAUCAUACCCAGAGGUUAUAUCAAGUAUCCAAUCUGAAUGGUUUCACAACAAAUCUCAAGAGGUGAACCCUGAUUCAAGCGUCCCGGAGAUUGUUUUUUGGCAUAUACCGAGUAAAGCCUACGAGAAAGUGGCCAAGAAAGCUGUAGGCAAGCGGACACAAUGUGUGGGUUCAAUGUUUCAAGAGCGCGUUGCAGCUCAAGAAGCGGAAAUGGGAAUGAUGAAGCUUCUUAAAGAAAGGCCUUCGGUUAAAGCAGUAUUUGUUGGUCACAACCAUGGGCUGGAUUGGUGCUGCCCAUACGAGAAGAUGUGGUUGUGUUAUGCUAGGCAUACCGGCUAUGGUGGCUAUGGAAACUGGGCUCGAGGUGCUCGGAUUUUGGAAAUUUCCGACGAGCCUUUCUCCCUCAAGUCGUGGAUUAGAAUGGAAAACGGAACUUUUCACAGCGAAGUCGUUUUAGCCACGUAGAUAUUGUUUUCGUUAGGAUUAUGAUAAAGUAAGUUUCU